AUGUCUGCACCAGCUCCCAAAAUCCGGCGCAUUGGCGCCCUCGAUCCCUCAGAAGCGAAAUGGACGGAGCUCCGCAAAAUCGAAUGGACAGACCAAGACGGCAAGGAUCGAGUCUGGGAGGCGGCCGCAAGAAAGACGAGAGGCAAAGGCGGCGUCGACGCAGUAGCAAUUGCACCAAUCCUUCGCCAUCCGUCACGACCACCACAGACAAUGGUUAUUCUCCAGUACCGACCACCAGUCGAGGCAUUCUGUGUCGAAUUCCCUGCAGGCCUGAUUGACGAGGGCGAGACGCCUGAACAGGCUGCUGUUCGCGAGCUGAAAGAGGAGACGGGUUAUGAGGGCAAGGUCUGUGAUCUCAGUCCUGUGCUUCCAAACCAGCCGGCUUUGACGAAUGCUAAUAUCCAGAUUGCUACCAUCGAGGUCCAGCUGAAGGAGGGCGACAAGGAGCCGGAGCAGCAUUUGGACGAGGGCGAGCACAUCGAGCGCAUCAUUGUGCCUCUUGACGAGCUGUACGACAAGUUGCAAGGUAUGUUGCGAAUGCCAUAUAUGGCUAAAUUGAAGCUCUUCCAUUGGGCUGCAGGACUGCAUUGGGCCCGUCGACUUGGUGUCAAGGGCUGA